UUGCCUAUAGUUGCUCACUGAACGCUGCUUGAGUUAAUGCAUAAAGAAGAAGAACUACGAAAUUAUGACCUUGACUUUACUGAGACAGUCCAAACGUCUGUGCCCCGCACUUUCAAAAUGUCUGCAGUCCAGCGUUCUCAAGAGACCGUAUGCCAUUAGAAGCAGAGAUCUUGAAAAUGUUGUCUCUGCAUUCCGCUCAGUAGUCGGCGACGAAGGGGUUUCAUUGGGUCAGGCAGUACGGGAGCAGCAUGGCAGAGAUGAAUCUGUGCACAAAUGCCAGCCCCCUGAUGUGGUGGUGUUUCCUCGAAGCGUGGAGGAGGUCAGUGCUCUGGCUAAAAUCUGCCACCACCAUCGCCUUCCCAUCAUCCCCUAUGGCACAGGUACCGGACUGGAGGGAGGAGUAGGAGCCGUGAAGGGUGGUGUGUGUUUCAGCCUGAGGAUGAUGGACCAGGUGUUGGACCUGCAUCAGGAGGACUUUGACGUGGCGGUGGAGCCAGGUGUGACGCGCAAAGCCCUAAACUCUUAUCUGAGACACACGGGCCUUUGGUUCCCUGUGGACCCUGGUGCAGAUGCCUCGUUAUGUGGCAUGGCAGCCACCAGUGCAUCCGGCACCAACGCCGUCCGUUACGGAACCAUGCGUGAGAAUGUUCUCAACCUAGAGGUAGUUCUGGCUGAUGGCACCAUUAUCCACACAGCGGGGAAAGGCCGUUGCGCCAGGAAGACGUCUGCGGGGUACAACCUGACCAACCUGUUUGUGGGCUCGGAGGGCACACUGGGGGUGCUGACCAAAGCCACGCUGCGCCUGUACGGCAUGCCUGAGGGGGUGGCCUCUGCUGUCUGCUCCUUCCCCUCCGUCCAGGCGGCCGUGGAUACCACCGUGCAGGUCCUCCAGGCGGGGGUGCCCAUUGCACGCAUCGAAUUUCUGGAUGAUGUGAUGAUUGACGCGUGUAACCGCUUCAGCUCAUUGGCCUACCCGGUGGCUUCUACCCUCUUCCUGGAGUUCCACGGCAGCAGCAGGAGUUUGAACGAGCAGGUCUCUAUCACAGAGGAGCUAGCGAAGGGGAGUGGGGGCUCAGACUUCUCGUGGGCGGAUGAUGAGGCGAAGCGGGCCCACCUGUGGAAGGCCAGACAUGACGCCUGGUACGCCGCACUGGCACUGCGACCCGGCUGCAAGGCCUAUGCCACAGAUGUGUGUGUUCCUCUCUCUCGUUUGCCAGAUGUUGUGGUGGAGACAAAGGAAGACCUGAUCAGAAAUGGCCUCACAGGCCCCAUAGCAGGACACGUGGGGGAUGGAAACUUCCACUGUCUGAUGGUCCUGGACCCAAACGACCCAGACGAGGUGCUCAGGGUUCACCAGUUCACAGAGAGAUUGGCCAGACGGGCUCUGGCGGUGGAUGGCACCUGUACAGGAGAGCACGGCAUCGGGCUGGGGAAGCGCGCUCUGCUGAGGGAGGAGGUGGGCACUCUGGCCCUCGAGGUCAUGCAAGGACUCAAGGCCACGCUGGACCCCAAAAACCUCAUGAACCCAGGAAAGGUGCUCUAAACACCAUCGCCACCCAUGUCCACUGCUCCUACUGCUGCUGCUGCUGCCUUGGCCCUCUCAGUCACCGUGCAGAGAUACCAGUCUGUUGUUCUCCCCUCUCACCACCAGGGGGUGUGAGGGAGUUUGGAAGCUGCUCUUGGAGGAGCUGUUCAACAGGCCUCUUAGAGGACUGAUUGUCUCAUUAUUUGUUGAGCAUCAAGGAGUACGCUGAUUGUCCCUUUCCCCUUCCCCUUGUCCCUUAAGCACUUAUGAUUAUUUAUCUGCUUUGUGUUAAAUUGCAUACUCAUGAGACUCACACUCAUGAAACAAAGUUAAAUUAUUAGUUUAAUAGUGAUGCACCAAGUGAAAAUGCUUAUAUCUUUAACUCAGUGAAUCAGGAUAUGCUUGCAUAUCUGUUAAUACAUAGGGAAGAGCCAAUUGCUUUUCUUGUCCAGCCAGUGAAGGACUUUCAUCCAUUAAGUUACUUUUGUUCAUGAGGAGCCUCACUCUGCUUAGUGUGUAUGUAUAUGGCAUGUAUGUAUUCAUGCUAGUAGCGAUUGAUCAAAUGAGAAAAUUAGCUUGAGUUCUAGCUGCACUCUGUCCUCUAGGUAGGGCUGUUUUACUUUUGUCAUGUGAUCAAGUCUUGUUUCCAUGCUUGUUUCGACCCAGGGAUUUUUGUGCAGUAAUAAAAAUGAAAGAUUUUCAGUUUAA